AUGGCUUCGCCAGAGCUGGCCAUCGCAAAGGCCACCCUCUCUGCUACUCUCUUCCGCGCCGAUCCAACAUCUCUUAGCCGUCCAGAAGUCGAUGCCUUCUUCCCGAUCCUUACAGACGCCCUCACCAAGUGCUCGCGCCCCAACGUCCAGAAAUGCAAGGUUUGGAUCAUCGAUAAAAUUACGCCCUCUGCCGCGCGCACGACUGCCCUGGCAAAAUACUUCAACGCCCUAUCCAAGAGUCUACAGGACGAUGGCUCACGGCCGAGCCUUAAGCGACGGAGACUGCAUCUCCUGUAUGUCCUAAAUGACGUGCUGUAUCACGUCGUCACGAGAAAUGACGACUUCAAAUUUGCGACAGCUUGGGAACCCGUUUUGCCUGGGAUGAUCGCAAGUGCCGCCGCAUUCGACAACUGCCCGAAACAUAAGCAAAAGAUCGCGGAUCUUAUUCGCCUGUGGGAGAACCAGCAAUACGUCAAGUCGGGUUUCGCCAAAAAGCUCGAAGAUGCUCUCGCAAGUGGUGUCGCUCCUCAGUCCGCCCAAGAAGCGCAAGCAUCCAAUGUUAGUCUCAAGCUUGCAAAGGAGGCGCCCUUUACGCUUCCAUCCUUCCAUGGUGACAGCACAGUACCGUGGUACGAUUUACCCGCAACAACGUGGCUACCUCACCUGACUCCGAACUCAACAAAACCAAUGUUUCCCGACCAGAUUCGGCCUAUUCAACUCGCUGCUGGUCCUGCGGACAAAGUUCUCGUCAACGCCGUACAAGAUCUCCUGGGAGAGGUUGAACGCAUAUUCUCGAAGGAGCAAAAGUGGAAUGACGAACCCGGUAACGACCUAAAUGAGUUAGGAGAACGAGUCGUUCUGGAUGAAAUCACGGGCGAGGUUAUCGGAGGAGACACAUACUACGAAAGGGGACAGACAGGGGUCGUUCGCGCUCCAGAUCUCGCAGCUAUUCUCGCAGUCGAUCACGAAGUUCUUCACGGCCCAAGCAUAAGCGCCGAAGAGCUUCCCAAGACUCUAGGGGUCGAAGUCUUUCCCGCAGCCGAAGCCGGUCAUAUAGUCCCGAUAACGAUCGCAUUGCAAAACGACCACGCAGUCCCAGCUACAGCCGGAGUCGAAGUCGAAGUCGAAGCCGCAAAGCACGAUUUGAGCGCCCAGGGUACAGCAGAUCACCGUCGCGUUCACCUCCACGCUUUCAGGACAAAGAGGCCCAAGACCGUCCACAUCGCCCGCCUCCUUUUCCUCAGCAAGCGCCUCCAGCACCUUUUCUUCCUGUCCCACCACCAGGAGACUUCCCUGUCCCACCACCUCCCCCAACUGGCUACCAAGGUCCUUGGCCACCACCGCCGCCUCCUCCUCAUAUGGCACCAGGCUGGUUCCCCCCCUAACGCAGCCAUGAUGGGCCAAAUGAUGGGUGGCUGGAAUGUUCCGCCGCCUCCACCUCCGCCACACAACGGAUAUCAAGGAAGGGGGCGAGGAAACGGAUACCGUGGUAGAGGUAGGGGUGGAUAUGAUCGAGGUCGAGGAUGGUAA